AUGAGGUCAGUUACUUCUAAUUCUCCUUUUAAUGCAUCCUCAUCUGCUGCUCCAACUGUUAACAUGUCUGAGGAAGAUGAACAUGACCCUACCUGGGUUAUGGAUGAGGACUAUGAGGAUGAUGAUGAGGAAAAUAUCGAAAUGGAGGAUUGUCUUCUUGCAGAGGAUGCGAGUGCAUCGGACAAUGACGAAGAAUGUGGCAGGUCGGGUACUCAAAUUCAGCCAUGGCAUGAUUUGGGGGAGUCUCGUAUCGUUGUACAUCAUAACUCAACAUCGAGUCAAGUACCAGAACAUCCUGAAGAGAUGAUAAAAAAGGAACCAUCAGUGUCAAUUGCGUUGGUCCAGGAGAGGAUAACUCAUUCUUAUGGUUUCAAAGUUUCAUAUAGAAAGGCAUGGUAUGCGAAGCAGAAAGCAAUGACAAUGUUGUAUGGUGAUUGGGAGGAAUCAUAUGCAUAUUUACCCAGACAAUGUUGUGAGGCAUUUAAUUUUUGCAAACCAAUGAUACAAAUUGAUGGCACUCAUCUAUACAAAAAAUACAAGGGAAAGUUGUUGAUUGUCAUGGCUCAGGAUGGUAAUAAUGAAUGUCUGCCACUUGCAUUUGCCAUUGUCGAGGGUGAGACAUUGGAGGCUUGGUCAUACUCCCUUGCCAAUCUUCGUCUGCACGUUACACAAGCGCAAAAUAUAUGUCUACUUUCAUAUAGGCAUGCUAGCAUAUUAUCGGCUGUAGAGAAUAAUCCUGCUUGGCUGCCUCCGCAUGUGUUUCAUGUGUAUUGCAUUCGACAUAUUGCAUCAAAUUUUAAUCAACGGUUUAGAAAUGAAAAGCUGAAGGCGGCCCUGAUGAAUAUAGGAUAUACUCCUUGCAUGGUGGAUUUUGAGAGAGCGCUUGCACGAUUUCGUGACACAAGCACUCAGGUUGUGGAUUGGAUUGAUGUCAUCCCAAAGGAAAAGUGGUCGCGCGCACAUGACAUUGAGGGACGAAGAUAUGGGCAUAUGACAACAAACCUAUCAGAAUCCAUAAACAGGGUGUUAAAGGGGGCAAGAAACAUGCCCAUUACUGGACUAGUAAAAUUUACAUAUAGUAGAUUGGUCCAAUAUUGCGUGGAAAGAGGUCAAUCGGCUUCUAGACAAGUUUUAUCUGGUCAUACUUAUUGCAAAAAUGUGAUUGAAUCAUUGACACAUAAUGAAUCCGUGGAAACAAUGCAUAAUGUGCGUACAUAUAAUGUUGAUGAAACUGUAUUUGAGGUUGAUGCAGGGUGGGAAAAGUCGUAUUCUGAUAACCUUACUACUCGGACAUGCCAAUGUGGACAAUUUAAAGCAUUUAAAUAUCCAUAUAGUCACGUCGUUGCUACAACUUUAUACAUUCGUCCCGUUCCUGUGGUCAUACCAGAUACAAAUAUGUUACGUGCAAAAGGCUGUCCAAAGUCUACAAUAAUACGGAACGAGAUGGAUGAGGUUGAAACGAUUCCAUCAUGCAGGUUAUGUGGUCUUUGUAAGCAAAAUGGGCACAAUCGUAGGUAG